UCUCCCAAAAGACAAAAAAGAAGAACAACCACGACGUUCUGUUCUUAUAGUGUUUUGGUAAACGACAUUGAGAAGUUCGGACUAUACACCUGAAGACUUGGAGCCGACUUUUCCACGACGAGCAGUAUACGCACGCAUUCUACGUUCGUUGCAAGGGACUCAAGAAUCCCUGCCGGAUCCUCACGUGUUAAGCACGUGCAGACAAAGUGCCAGACGAAUAUCAAAGACGAGAGAGUCAGGGGUAUAAGUGGUAUAAGGCGCGACUGAGACGGGGACGACCUAUAAGAGAACAACUACUCAGUCGAGACAUUAUAACUCGAGACUCUCUUCAUCAGCUUUUGGAAUCUUGGAUUAGGAGUCAGUGUUGUCCAAGGCUUGGCCAACCUUGGACCAGGGUUUCCGCGGAGACCUGGGGUGGUCAACUUUAGGGGAUGGACUUUGAGUGAGACCGUCAACCGCAAGUUGGACGACCGACCUGGUCAAUUUUGCGCCUUCCAUUUCCGGAAUUUCAAACCAGCCGGCCACUCUCUACAGAGCAUAUCAGUGGCGCCUUGAUCCCCGGCAUCUGGCUCUAACUGGCUGCGAGAACGAGAACCUCUCUGGCCCAGAAACCAUAGCAACCGACGAGCAGCAUCUGUUGCUUUGUCAUUGUCCUGAUAUUGAAGCUUUGGAACGGCUCCACCAGCUGCAAACUUCUCCCUUUUGGGAACUCGUUCCAAAAAUUAUAAAAGUCCCCCUUUCUCCCGAUCUUUUGGCCUGUCUCCUGUCGACUGUCCUUUCACCAGUUACCAGAUCUUUUUCGUUUCAACGUCUGCUCGUUCAAAACAAACAAAGCACUAGCAAUUACUGCUCUUUUGUCAAAAAAAACUAUUUGGACAUAUCUCUUGCGCUCUCCUAGCAACAGCAUAUCACCAUCUACUACCAAGACUUCGCCUCAUACCACCGUCCGGACUAGAGAUUCCGCUACGACCGUGGUCACUACAUCGCUCACGGCUAUCUUCGCCAAGAGUAAAUAAGAGCUCCAAGGACCGUCCAAAGACCUUGAAAAGCAGCAAACAUGUCCGGCCAGGACAGCAUGUGCGGGGGUGCAAACCCCCUGAAGUCCUUCCAGGACCAGGUUGGCAGAGAUCGCUCUCUGCACCAGGACCGUGCCGUGAACAACGGCACCGCAUCUACUAGCUUCCGGUCGGGCUUUGGCCAGACCACCACCAACGGCGACCAAGAGUUCGCCAACUUCCAGGCCGGCAUGGCCAACCUCCCCUCCCUCCCCGCCAUGCCCGCCCAUCUUAACGGUCCCAUCCCGGGACACCCGUCUUCAUUUGCUGCCCUCGGCCCGCGCCAGCAGCUCGCCCCCGCCCCCGCCAACGUCGCGGCCGUCAGCCCCAACUGGGCUGAAGAGUUCCGCCAGCUCCAGGCCAACAAUAUGGUUCACGCUGCCCCUGCCCCUGCCCCGGCACAUGGUCUGAUGUCUGCUCGUCCCGCUCCCCAUGGUAUCAUGUCUGUCCCUGCCCCUGCCAUGGGGUUUAACACAGCUGCACAGUUCAACCCAAUGUUCCAGCAGCACAUAGCCAUGGGCCCCGCCCAGGCCCAGACUACCGCCCCCGCCACCGCCCAAGAGGCCGAGCAUCCCCUGGUCAAGGAUGCAUUCGACGCACAGUUCGCACAAGUAGAGGCCAAUCAGGAGGCUGUGGACCACCUCCAACGCCACGCGGGCUCGUUCGAGGACGAGAUGGACCAGUGGAUGCAAGAGCAAGAGCACGGCCCGCCCAUGACCGCCGAGGAGCAAGAAGCUGCUAUAGAGCAGUUCCACGACGAGCGCAUGACGAUGAUUGCCGACCAGGAAGACAUGACCCGGAACAAUAACGACGACGACGUCAAUGCCCUGGCCGACGACAUGGCAAAGACCCAUGUCGAUGAUCUGCGACGCACGGCCGGAGAGAUUGUGGACCGUCUGGGAGACGCGCCCCAGUACCAGCAGUCCACCUUCCUAACCCUCAUGCGCAACAUCAUGGACGGCAACGUGACCGUCGACGACGCCCAAGAGGGCUUCGUCACAACCAACGACCACCAGCCGUACACCGGCCACCUCGAGGACCCUGCGUCCGAGGACAAGCAGGAGAAGAACUGAAGGUCGGACGGAGACGUCCCUAUCGAUGUGGUGAGGACUAUCAGGAGGACGUCGUCUUGCUCCGCUCAAGAACUGCGAGACCUUGCCGAGGAGGCCAUCGGCCUGGCAAAAUUCCACUCGCCUCUACCUUCGCCGGCGGCUCGGCCGCCCAUCUAGCAGGUCCCAGCUACGAUGAUCCUACAAAACUGGCCAAAGCCUUUGGGGAACGCAUCACUGUGUGGGCGUUUGCUAUGGGAACCUGAUUUGGGUGUGGAAGCGUGCUAUACGUGUGUCAGUGGACGGAUUUGGGGGGGGCCAUUUGGGUGAUGGGCUGCUUAGUAAUAAAAUGAUUUAUUACUUAAGCAAUAUAUAUAGUGCUCCGUCUGUAUAUAGGAUAGGGUUGUAGAAGACCUGCAUAAGGAAUCA